GUUGACGUAAGCGCGUUCGCAGCCUAGCAGCAGAAAAUACGGCGUAAACAAAGCGGAGAGCCACAGAUCUGCUAACACGAAGGAGCAAACGAAUAAUGAGAAAAUGACCAAUAUCAGCUGCAUUAACACCCGGUUCGGAUGAUAAACGUGCUCGGCUUUUGUUGAUAACAUGGUUACAGACUCGCGUAUUUGUCCUAACACUGAAACUAAGCGAGUUUUAAAGGGACCGUUACUGCAAGCUGCUUUAGCAUUAGAUAACCACAGAUAACGGGACUCGGAAUUUGCAUUUCUGUGAAUCAGGAGCUCCAAAAAACAGCCCGAGGAGACAACACAUGGUACGGUUUGUUGUAUUUGUUGUAUUCAGGCUACGUUGAGAAAUUUUCGCCGCUUUUGUGGACGUUGUGAUGAGUUAGCUCGCCAUGUAGCCCCCCCUGAGGAUCAGCUGUUGAUCAGAGCUGGUAGAGGUGGGACGAUCCUGGCUCCAUGACCACUUGAUCGCUGUCAUCUGCACCCACACUGCGAUGUUUAGCCUGAUGGCGAACUGCUGCAACUGGCUGAAACGAUGGCGAGAGCCUGCAAGGUACGUUUUAAAGCCCAAAUUCCUCUUUUUUCAUUGUUUUUCUAGUUUUCUUAGAUGCUCUGUAGCAGUGAUAUGGUUUUUCUCUGACAGGCACAAGUUGUUCAAACAGCCAAACCAGAUGAUAGACCAGACAAAGUGAAUACAUGUUUCUUUUUGAACCAGCACACACAGAAAAAUACAGGGAAAGCGCUCUGUUUCAGGGGCGUGUCCAGACUGUCUUGACUGGGGUGCCCACUGGGGCAGGGGUGGCAUAAGGGAUAUUUCCACUUAUAAACAAAAGCAUUGACUUAAGGUCCUUACACACCGGGAAUGACGCUAAUAUAUACGACGCGAAAUUACGAAAUAUUCUGAGGCGAAUUUUGACAUUACAUGUUAAGUGCGGGGAAAGUCCCGCCUCCUUCGCCUCUGUUUGGCUAGAAAAGCUGGAAACAUCAUCACCCGCUCAAGCCAGACGGUCAGCACUUAUAGCCAAUCAGAGGCGAUAAGAUAAGCACAUGAAACUAUGGUAACAUCCGUUAGCUUGCGUGAGCCUAGAUGAAAGUUAAAACAAAGACGUUUAGCAAACUUUGAAAGCACACAAACCAUCGUCAUAUGAGAAAUCCGAUGCUAUGUUGUCCUUCAGGUCUUUAUCUUUGUAAUGUUUAUGUUUUUUUUUAAUCAAAAAUCACUCUGUUCUCCGACAUGUAAACAAUCUGCCGGUCGGCCAUGUUGGGUAUACCGGUGAAUCUGACGUCGCAAAAACACGAUUGGAGAUUUUAGAAAAAUCGACCGUGAUCUGAAAAAAUAAAUUCCACAAUAUCGCAGGACGGGAAAAUGUCGCUGAUGUGAAUGCUUGUUUUGACAGGAUACAGGUUAAAAAAAAAUAUUGACGUCUGAAAUAAUCACACGAAAAAAAUGCUUCCAGUGUGUAAGGACCUUUACCCUUUCUGUCACCAGCUAACAUGUUUACUCUAAUAUUAACAUAUUUGCUACAACCACAAACAUGAAACCAUCAUGUAAAUUGUUAAAUUGCUGAAUGCUAUGUCACUCUUUAUCUUAAAAACAUGUUCAUGGCUUCAUUGACACCUGUUAGUCAACUCUGCUGUGGCACUAAAAAUACAAAUCUAUUUGACCACUUUUUUGGAUGUGAUUUUGAGUCCAUGCUGCAACUUCCACUCCAGAGCCAUGCUUGUUUUUGAAUGCAGAGCCACGUAACAGCCUUUUGAACAGAGAUUUCUACAUAUUCUCUGAAUCCUAUGAUGAUAUUUAGCACUGUAGAUGAUAAAAUCCUCUAAAUAGGUAAAGAGGUAAAGAUUGGAAGAGAUUCAUCACUUCGUGAGAGACUGCGUGAGAUGGACAAUUUUUGGAUCAUGUUUCCAAGCUUCAAUUGCAAAUACACACGGGGACAAAAUUGUUGGCACCUUUCGGUUAAUGGAAGAAAAACUCACAAAGGUCACGGAAAUAACUUGAAUCUGACAAAAGUAAUAAUAAAUAACAAUUUUAUUUAAAUGCGACAUUGAUUUUAAACCGUGGUUCAACAGAAUUAUUUUAAAAAUGAACUUAUUAAACAGGUCUGGACAAACAUGAUGGUACCCCUAGAAAAGACUGAAAAUAAUGUGACCAAAGGGACGUGUUAAUUCAAGGUGUCUCCACUCAUUAACAUCACAGGUGUCUAUCUUGUAGAGCAAUGCAUUGCUGGCAGAAGUCUCAUUGACAGUGACAGGAAUCCUUUGACUGCAGUAAUCGCCUCAAAAGGUUGUGCAACAAAAUAUUAAGUUAAGGGUACCAUCAUUUUUGUCCAGGCCUGUUUAAUGAGUUUAUUUUUAAAAAUAAUUCUGUUUAACAUGGUUGAAAAGCAAUGUCUGACUUUCAUUUGUUAAUUUUCAUAGAAUUUUUAUUUAUCAUUACUUUUGUCUGAUUCAAGAAAUUUCUGUGACCAUUGUGAGUUUUUCUUCCAUUAACCGAGGGGUAUCAACAAUUUUGUCCACGUGUGUAUUUGCAAUUGAAGCUUGGAAACAUGAUCCAGAACUUGUCAAUCUCACACAGUCUCUCACAAAGUGAUGAACCUCUUCCAAACUUGACCUCGAAGAGACCCAGCCUCCAUUAACUCCUUUUUUAUUCCCAAUCAUGUUAAAAAUGUAUUAUAAAUAAACCUGAUUUGUUCGGAAAUGCUCCUCCAGGUGAUUUUCUUUAGCAUGUAAAAACUUUUUUGCUCUUUUAUUUUGUCCCUAUCACAGUUUUUGGAUGAAUUGCUGGCAUGAAAUUCUAAAUGAGCUUACGCUUUUCAUAAAUUUUUCUUAAUUUCAAUGUUAACAUACAUUGUCUUUAACUUUGUUUCACUUAAAUUUAGGCUUUAAAACCAUCACAUUUUGUCUUAUUAAAAAUAAACACUUUUUUUUGUCCAACCCACAGCCAUAAAAUCCAACUUGUCUUCAUUUAUUGUGAUAAAUUAACAGAAAAACUCUCAUUUAAGACACCAGAACCACCAAACUUUGACAUUUUGGCUCGAAAAAGACUGAAAACACUUUAAUAUUGUCAGAAAAAACUGGCUGUUAAUGGGGUUUGAUGGCGUUUUAUUAGAGUUAAGUGAUCCUUUUGGGUAUGACUUGGAUGAUAAACUGAUACUGGUGUUUACAGAGCUAUCAUAAGCACACAGUGUUACUUAACUUAGCGUCCAUUAGGCUCACUUAUAGAGCAGAUAAAACACUACAGGUGUAAAACAGCAGGCCGAGCAAAACGCCAGGAUGAGCCCUGACACCACGUGGUGCAUUCGAGGCACCUGAUCCUCUGGACUUAGUCUGAAAUCCUCGCCUAAUCCCACAUCCAGGUCUGUUCAGUGGGUCUCUUUGUUGCAGCGUGUUGCUGUGAGGGGUUUGUAGCGGCGUGGAUGGAGGGUUAUGGGUUAGCAGAGAGAAGAAGGCGAGCUCUUUGGCUCGGUGGAGGCGGACAUUGAGCGAUGAAGGCCAGCUGGCUCCAGAGGACGGUUAGAUGGAUAGUGCGGUUCAUGUCUUUCCGGCGCAGGUUUCAAAGUUAAGUAUGAGACAAAGACGGGGCGUGUUUAUAUGUACGCUUAAGCUGUUAUUUCUCUUCCCCUGUGGAUGUAGGUCUUUAUUUUGGUUCUGGUUGAAGUUUUUAUGCAAAAUCAUGAUGCAAACCUGUAGAUUUGUGAGAUUUCUGUUGAAAUUACAGUAUAAAAGCUGAUAAAACGUGUCUGAAAAGUGCUUCAAUGAGCCUUUACAGUUUUUUGAUAUGUCUUUAAUUGAGUUCUUCGCAUUAGUAAGAUGCCUAAUGUGUCUAGACCGUUAAGCAUAUUAAGCAUGUUGCGUGUAAAAGUCUGCCAGAUUACCGUCCAGGUGUUGGCAGAUGAAACUCUUCUCCAGGUCGCUCAAUCUGCUUCAGACGUUGCAUGUUUUUAUUUGCAGUUUGUCAUUUUUCAAACAUAAUUCUCAAACUUUAAGGUCUCAAAUGAAAAGAUAACUCUAGAUUGAUGGCCUCAUAUUAUUCAAAAAGAUCUCAGGACUCAAAGAGCUUUGUUUUGCUUCGUCCGGUUCUGUUUGUCUCAGUCCCCCCGUCUCCUCCUGCUCACUCACUCAUUGUAGAGAGACUAUAAAUUGGCUUAUCUGUGCCCCCAGAUGGUAAUGAGAGCUAAUGCUAAUGCUAACUAGAAAGGCAAUCGGAGACCGCAGACCUCCGCCAAGCAGCUCAUGUCCCCCCUUAAACAAGAAAUGCCCUGACUGGGAUUCAAACCCAGGACCUUCUGGUUGUGAGGCGACAGUGCUAACCACUACACCACUGUACCGCCUAUCUACACCACUGUGCCGCCCAUUGGUUAUCUUUCAGCAUUGAAAAUUCCAACGACACCCUUAUUUUUGUGUGUUCUGGAUCACAGUAUCCAAUCCGUCUGUAACUUUCUCCGUAAAGUUGCUAACAGACAAACAAACCAACGCUACCGAAAACAUAACCUCCUUGGCGGAGGUAAUAAACGCCACAGACUGAAUCACACCCUGCUCCCCGUGCGUUGACGUUCUUCCUCUCUAUUUUUCUCGCCUCACAGGAAGGUGACUCUGGUCAUGGUGGGUCUGGACAACGCAGGGAAGACGGCCACAGUGCGGGGAAUCCAAGGAGGUAUGAAGCGCACAUUUUAGUUGAAUUCCCCCUUUUGUUUGUUUACCGAGACAAAGUAUCCCAGCUUUUUCAGAAUUCAGAGGAUAACAACAUGCGAUGUCCAUCCCUGUCACAGACAAUCCCCAGGAUGUGGCUCCCACAGUGGGCUUCUCCAAAGUGGACCUAAAGCAGGGCAAGUUCGAGGUGACCAUCUUCGACCUGGGCGGCGGGAAGAGGAUACGAGGCAUCUGGAAGAACUACUACUCUGAAUCGCACGGCGUGGUGUUUGUGGUGGACUCGAGCGACGUCCAGAGGAUCCAGGAGACGCGGGAGACGAUGGCCGAGGUCCUGCAGCACCCGCGCAUUGCAGGGAAACCCGUGCUUGUGUGAGUACUCUUACGACCAAAAGAUAAAACUGGGGCCACAUUCUCUGUGUUCGUUUUGCUGGCAUGCCACCAAGCUGAGGCCGUGUCUUUGCAGGUAUUUGGCAGCUGUCAGAACCGGCCCGUACAUGCCACAGUGUCAUGUUUUCCCCUCGCGGUCUCCAGGCAGCAGAAUACUGUCUCUUCUCUGUUUCUGGGUUCAGGAUGUGUUGUUGACAUCCACAAACACUAAAACAGGAUACCGGGGUCCAUACAGACUUGUAUUCUUCGGGCUUUUGUGAAGGCGAGGGGAGGAACCUGCCUGGCCUUUCAGUGCGCGGCUGGCAAGUCUUGGUCCAAUUUGUUGAAGUCUACGUGCGCCGCAGGCUGAUUCCUGGAGGCAUCUGCCUGUUUAGUAAUCGGGACAGAAAGCACACGUUGAUGCAGGGGGAGUUUAAAGUGUUUCGGCAGCGUUCUAAUCAAAAAUCCAUAAUCAGACUGCGAUCGCAUCUCCAUAAGAUUUCCAUAAGAUUUUCAGCUGAUCUAACUCUGCGCCGUGCAGAAAUUGAGUCCCAUAACCGCCCUUGAAAUUACCAAAGCUUCUCCUCCUCUAGAACUUGUUUAGUUCAGUGAGAGGAGAAAGGUUGCAAACUUUCUUUUCUUACCCACAUCAGCAGGAUCUUGAUUCUUGUUUCUUUGCUGCUUUCAGUCUUGCCAACAAACAGGACCAGGAGGGAGCGCUGGCCGAAGCAGACAUCAUCGAGAACCUGUCGCUGGAGAAGCUUGUUAACGAGAACAAGUGUCUGUGUCAGAUCGUAAGUGUUUGUGCACCUGUUGUGGGACGCCAGCAGAAUGACAUUAAGAGCAUUUGGCUUUUUUUAACUGCAGUUUCACCCACAUACAGGCAGAGAAAGUGGAGCUCUCGCUUUGUUUUAACCCACUUGAAAGCUUCAGUUUAAUCCGAAUUCAUCUGCGCCGUUUCUUUAAAUCUCACGUCGUGUUUUCCUGCCUCAGGAGCCGUGCUCUGCUGUUCUCGGCUACGGCAAAAAGGUCGACAAGUCCAUCAAGAAGGGCCUGAAGUGGCUCCUCAACAAUAUUGCCAAAGACUACGAGGCCAUUACGGAGCGCGUGCAGAAGGACACGGCUGAGCAGCGGGCUCUGGAGGAGCAGGACAAGAAGGAGAGGGCGGAGAGGGUGCGGAGGAUACGAGAGGAGAGGUGAGGGUGGGAAGGGGAAAGGUAACGAAGGAAGAGAGUCAAAUCAAAAAUGAAGCUGCGAUAAAUCCGAACCUUGGAUGAGUUUUUCUGGACGGCCUGGAAAGGUUAACACCUCGUUUUGUCUGCAGAGAACGUCUGGAGCGAGAGGAAGCAGAACGCGAGGGCAGGCCGAUCCAGGAAGAGGAGCCUGACGACGUGGACAUGCCCAGCCCCUUUCAGCCAAUCAGCAACGCCAUUUGCCAGGUGUGCGACCCGUUUAAAGGAGCUUUAAAAGACCUGUUUUUGGCGGCGAAGGUAUAUUCAACUUUUGUUCUUGUUGCUCGUAGAAUGAGGACAGAGAGAAAGAGAGGAAGAGGCAGAAAGAGCUGCAGGAGGCACGUAGCAACAACCUGCAGAUGGCCGUAGACGGAUGUGAGGAGGAGGAGUGCGAGGACGAGAAUGAAGAACCGGACGACACGAGGCAAACGGCGGAAAACGGCAGCUCGGGUGAGUCAAAGAACCUUGAAACCUUGUUGGUAUUUCCAUUUCCAUCAGAAUAAGACAUAAAUUCUGGUGUAUAUUUGCUCUGUAGAUGCAGUAACAGCCCAUCGUUUUCACUUGUUUGAAGAAGCUCCUCUUGCAGCUUUGCACCACAUGAGGAAACAAGUCUGAGCUUGUAGAUAAACAGGAAAGCAGAAUAUUAAACUUGUUCCCCUCCUCUGAAAGUAAAUGAUGAAAUAAACUCUCCCAAACUGCUGCAAAUAUUUGAUUUCCAGAGUUUAAAGAGCCUCGUUUGGAUCCUCUGUUUAUCCCGUAGCUCAGACUGCUGAACCAGCCUGAUCACAACAAUGCGAGGACGCUGUGUAACACGCUGAUCGUGACGGAUUUGGAUUGUUUGCGGAUCACUUACACCUCUUAUAACACUGGGGAUAAAAUCUUGGAAAUGCUCUUGUUUUAUGAGCGACAUAUCGCAUGAAAAACAGACAUGACUCUGUAGUAGAAGUCACCGCAUGCGAAGAAACAUUAUGCCAACCCUGCAAAUCCUGAGUCACGCGUCCCUCUAUGCUUACAGCCACGACAGGAGAGCAGGACAAGAAGAAGACGAGGAAACUGCACCUGAAGAGGAAGCACCGAGUGGAUCCUCUGAGGACGGAGGACGGGCCGACGGAGAGCCCCACCCCUCCUCCACCUCCUCCUCCAGGUCAGUUAAAAGGUCACUUAAAGAUCCUAAUGCCGACACAAGAUGAAGUAGAAAAGCACUCGGAGAGCGCAGACCUCCGCCAAGCAGCUCAUGUCCCCCCUUAGACAAGAAAUACCCAGACCGGGAUUCAAACCCAGGACCUUCUGGUUGUGAGGUGACAGUGCUAACCACUACACCACUGUGCCGCCCAUUGGUUAUCUUUCAGCAUUGAAAAUUCCAAUGACACCCUUAUUUUUGUGUGUUCUGGAUCACAGUAUCCAGAAUUUUGUCCGGAUCACCACCAAAAUGUAACGGGAUCCUCCUGGGGCUGAGACGCACCUCUGGUGAAAAUUUCAGGUCAAUCCGUCUGUAACUUUCUCCGUAAAGUUGAUAACAGACAAACAAACAAACAAACCAACGUUACCGAAAACAUAACCUCCUUGGCGGAGGUAAUUAGACAAUAUAUUAGGUAUCAGUUUGUCCACAGGGAGGUGCCAAAAUCAACACAGAACAGAACAUUUCUCACAGGAGCUUUAAUGAAAAAAGUAUUUGGCCUGUAAAAAGGUGAGGGUUGUCUUAUAUUCGAGGCCAAUAAAGGAUUAAAGCUCCUGUGAAAUGAACGGUAAUGCUGCUGUAUGACCCAAUAUAACAACAAAAAAGGCAUCAGUAGCGAGAUUGAUGUAUGGUGGUUUAACAUGUCUGUAACGACUCCUGCAGUUGAGGUGUCAACUGGUAUCUCACUCAAAUGGACUUUGUUUACAUUUUUAUCAGGUACUGGUAUCAUCAGGAGGUACUGUUUGUUUACAAGCAGCUCCAAAAUCAAAUCAAGCCUAAAACCCCUUACUGUAGCUUUAAUCAAUGUUUUAUUUUGUCUUGCAGCGUCUUAUUUGGAGAGCAGGUCUUUCUCCUUGUUGCGUUUUCAACAUGUUUUCUGUCUCUGUGUGGUCUUUUUAGUGGGAUGGGCCACACCCAAAGUUUCUAGGCUGCCAAAACUCGAGCCGCUGGGAGACUCGAGACACUCUGGUAAAGAUGCAUGUGCCGUCCUGUCGUUCGCCAUCUCUCACUUCCAAUCGCUGUUUCAUUAAAGCCAUAUUUGUCUCUCAUUAACCCGGUCUUUUUGUGGACUGACUGUCACGGCUCUAAAUCAGUGUUCCCUCUACACAGGUAGAGCUUCUUUAUUCGUGUGGAAGUACGAAUAGCAGCGCUACAUGAGUGUUAUUCCACAGCUCUGGUGUGCUGUUGCAGAGGGAACACUGAACUCUGUCUGCCUUCAGAUGUGUGUCGACUGUUAAUUAGCCCACCCGACCCCCCGUCUCUGCCUCUCUCCUCCUGCGUCUCACCAGGAAAAUGCUUGAAUGUUUGGAUCCUUCAUGGUGGCAGACAUCUUAAUCAACUCCGAGGCUUGUCUUUGUUUCCAUCCCCGGUCUACUCACUCCAUCUUUAACAUCAUUUUCUCUUCCUGUCCGCAUCCCACCCUCAUCUGUUUUGAUUCCAGGUUUCAUUGGUUGUAGCUCGCUAACCCGGUCUUUUCCCCCCUUCCGCAGAAUUUUACAAGAAGCCUCUGCCGCCCGUCGCGAACAGGCCGCGGCCAAAUGGCGACACUCAUGACGUCAUUUUUUAACCUUCUUAUACUUGAGAGUGAGCUCCUCCAAUCAUCCUGUUUUUGCUUUCUGUCUCAAGUGAGCGGAGUGUAGACAGCCAAACCGCACUGAGAGACACUUCAUGCGGAGAAAACAGCCGACUGUCGGGAGCUCGUGAGUGCUGAAACACUACAGACGCAGAGCAUCGUGGGAAAUGCAGUCCUGCUCUGAGACUGUUUAAAAAAAAAAGGACACAAUCCAGCGUGAAACUUCGGACCUGUCUGAACUGAUCCAGUAUCGGGUUCUGAUUUUUCGCCUCUCUGAGCACAUUUUGUGCCGAACUGUUGACUGAAACACUAUUUUUUAAUUUUUACUGUAAAUAUCAGUGUUACACUUUGAUGACGCCAUCUGAAGAGCUUUUAGUAGGACAGAAUCUGCAACACAAAGUUCCAAAAAAACUGGACACGGUGUGAAAUGUUGAUAAAAACUGGUUUUUAAUGUUUGUAAAUCAUUUAAACCUGUAAUUUAUUGGAAAAAAGAGACGAUUCUGGAGAUUUUUAGUCUCCUUUGUUGCGUUUUUUUUUUUUUUUUGUCAGGCCAGGUAAAUAUUAAGAUUUUUUUUGCAUGGUCCAGUUUGAACCUGCAACAAACUUUGUUCACAUACAGUGGAUUUUAGAGGUGAUUUUAAGCUCAUUCCACUACAGAGUCUUGACUGUUUUUAAUGUAAUAUGAAUCUUUUCAUGAUAUUUUGUACUAUAGACGGUAAAUCCCCUAAUUUUUCUUUAAUUUUACUCUAAGAAACUCUCAUCUCUUCUCCAUUUUUGUUUAUAUCAGGGAUUCUGAUCAUUUGGAAACCAUUAAUUUCUGUUUUUAUCAACAUUUCACAAAGUUUCCAGCUAUUUUGAAACUGAGGUUGUAAAUUUGUCCAUUAUUCAAAUGGAUUUGUACACACGCAGCCAUUAAAAACAAUUUUCUUUCAUUCUUAAAUCUUUAUCUCUGUCAGAAAAGGUGUAAAUGACCCCAAAUAGGAGCUUGAAUGUAAGUCUGGAGGUAAAUUAGAGCCGAAAGUGGCUUUUUCACAGCUGAGUGCUUUAACUUUUGAUCUUUCACACUAAAGGUGAGUCACAACUCGCAGGUGGAGGUUGGGGGACUCGCCCCUCCAGGUGCAUUGUGGGUGUAAUUUGUCGUUCGGUGCAUGGAAAAGUGUUCUACUACAUCAUGAUUGUUAAUUGGUCUGUUCUAGUCAUGAAUGUCUCGACAUUUCGAUGUAAUUCUGUAACGUUUCAAGCCAAGAAGAGGAAAACCUGUCCUUUCUGUACCUUCGCCAGCAGCAGCAGCAUCUUGUCUUUUUAUUUAUUAUCAAAAAUUGUAAAUGCAUAAAAAUAUAUUUGUCUACAGGGCUACAGAUUUUUAUACGCAUUCUGCUGUUUACACUGUGUAUGUGUUUUUAAAGUGAUAUUUCUCCCGAGGCGGGAAUCAGCCUCAGACUCGCUGCCUCUCAGGCGGCCCCCGAGGUCUGAGCCAGCACUGUUAUUAUACCAGCUUCCCUGGCUUUCUCUGCACCCAGCUUCACUGUAAAAAUAGCUGAAAACAGCUAAAAGUUCAACUCCAGAUGCACGAAACCAAAUUUAGUGGGGAAGAAAAGCCAAAUUGGAAGACUCCAUCCUCCCAAUUAAGAGCUGGAAAAGUUGGCAGUAGGGGUGGCGAGGGAGGAGGGAGUUUGACUACAUCGGCACCUGGAACAGCUAAUAAUGAGUCGGAACACAUGAGAGUAUGUGUAGCAAAAGCAAGCGUGUGGAAUAUCACUCUGAAAUUACAAUAUUAUACUCUAUAUCUACACUACAGCACUGACUCUUCUACAGAAGCUCAAUGUUUGAACAGAAUAUUUUUUUACCCUGUUUGAAUUUUGUAACAUCACAAUAAAAGAUGUUUCGGAUAUAA